UUAUAACCCUAGCUUGCUAUCUAGUUAGAAGUCCUCCUCUCUUCUCUCUUUCUUACUUUUUCUCCUUUUUAAUGGUAUUUUUCUUCUAGUUUCUUCAAUUUUAAGAGACAUGAAGCUCUCUUUUGUACCCCACAAAUGUUUCCUUCUUCUGCUCAUUUUCAUGGCACUCAUUGUUGAUAUUUCAGUCGGUCUACGCCAACAAAUUGCACUAAAUGGCGAUGAUAACGUCGAUCAUGGUCAUGAAUAUUCUAAGCAAGGAGAAAGAGAAGAGCAAGGGUCGGAACUAUAUCCGACCGGAUCGAGCUUGCCGGAUUGUUCUCACGCCUGUGGACCUUGCUUUCCUUGCAAGAGGGUGAUGGUGAGCUUCAAGUGCUCCAUUGGAGAGUCUUGCCCUAUUGUUUACAGGUGCAUGUGUAAAGGGAAAUACUACCAUGUCCCUUCAGCUUGACACUAAUUAUUAAUGGUUUUUUUUUUAAUUUAUGAAGUGUAUUUUUAGAAUUAGUUUGUUAGGUGAUUAAUGGGCAUGGAUUAAUUAGGCAAUGUACUAUUAAUUUUAGCUCUUAUUAUAUGCCAUAAAAUUAUUUAUGUGCAUAUGAAAAGAAGAUUGAAAAUUUUAUAAAAGGGGAAGUUUGUAAAUAGUAGAAUGAGUUUUUGCCAA